AUGGCGAGGAAGAAUCACCACGGACAGCGCAGCGAGUCAGGCCGUGCCUUGCCAGGGAAGAAGCUCGCCAAACAGAAGUCGAAUGGCCAUCUGAACGGCUCCCCGAACGGCCAGCAGGCCGGCAACAAUAAUAAUAAUAUUCCAUCUCCGCCCACCAUCACCACCGCCAACAACAACAACAACAACCUCUCGACGCCAGCUCCCACCACUACCUCCGCCACCAGGACUCUGCAGAAUGCUGAUGGCCAGUCGAUGGCAAGUUAUGGUGUCAACGGCAGUUCGCAUGCUAUGGCCGGCGUGACCAGGAAAGAGGCAAACGGACGCGGGAGUCACCAGGUCAAUGGAGGUGCCUUGGACGGCGGAGGAGGGGAUACCGCCAUGUCGAACGGCCACACUCACGCCCACGGUGCCGGUCACUUGUGCUCCUCCGCCUCCUCCAAUGGUGUCCUGCCCGGAGACCGGUUCGACGAACCCUUCUCUCGUCGGACUGACAGGAUGGUCCCAACCGUGAAGAAAGCUCAUUCCGUCCGCAACGGCGUCAAUCCACUCGUUCUUGCUUCGACAAUUCUCAAGGCCUGUCCAACGUCCGACACCAUCGCCAUUCUAAUCCUUCUCCUGCAGCUUCCUCCGAUCGUUCUGACCCUGGUUCAAUUUCUCUACGCUUCCAUGACCUUCAUGUUACCGGCCGGCGUGUCUACUGGAACCCUGACAUCCAACUUCGACAUCUUCCAGGGACCCGCUGGAACUCCCUCGCUAAGUACAAUGAUUGCAAUGGACGGCUUCUGCCUGCUCGUAUGGGGUCUGUUCAUGUGGAACUGGGCGAAGAAUUUUGCCAUCGAUCUCGCACAUGUCCAGGUGGCUAUUGCUCUGGGAGCCGGCAGUUCUGGAGAUACCGGCGGCGUUAACACGUUCUGCGUUUCCAUGGUGCUCAUCGUCCAUUUACUACGGAGUGAAGGCAUACAGGCAUUUCUUUUAGGGCAUUUGUUUUCAGCAAAACUCCUCUCCCCGGAUACCGUAGCGAAAUAUUCCUACCUGAUCCCUGCAGAGUUUCGACGUCAAGACCAUUCUUCACCUCCAAGUUGGAUAGGGAGUCUACUUGCUGUACAUAUUUUGGCGCAGGCUGGAACGGCGAUGGCGAGACGGUCAAUGGCAAAAAAUCGGUCCUCCCCGCGCAACAAAAAUAGUGAACGAUCAGGAACGGACGCUUCUGCUGGAACCCCGACCUUACCCGACAUCUCCUCUCUGGAACCAUCUACCGCUUUAUCCUCAGGUAUCUCAUCAGAACCACCGCUAUCAAGCUCCGGGUUGAAAGAUACAACGAGGGAAAGGGUGUCCACCGUCAAAAAACGACGCCGUCAGGCCAACGAGGCGAGAAGAGUACAACCUUUUUGGGCCGCUUUGGCUAGCACAAAAUUUACUGUUACUAGAGAAUAUGAACGAUCCCGGAACGGAAACUGGUACUCGCCAAACGUCCCUACUUCGGAAGACGAUUUGGAUGGCGUAUCACCGGAUAACGCAUUUAUUUGGAUUACUGGCGUUGAUACUUCAAGCAUCGAGUUUGCUGCAAACGAUUUUUCAAUUAGCGAAGAUGCCGUUGACGAAGGCGCUGCGUAUGGUGCCACGGGACCGUUUUACGUACGUGUCAACGGUGCGCACUGGGCUGCUGUUACACUGUCUAAAAUUUCGGAUACUUCCAAGGAACCUGCUCUUGUUCAUUGGAGAGGAGAGAUAUCAGGAUUAGCGCCGGACUGCACGUAUACGUGUAGUUUUGUGUGUGUCGAUACAAACGAGGAAGUCUGUGUUGUGAGCGUGAAGACACCUUCGGCUCCCAUUACAGAUCAAGGUGAAUACUUGUACGAUGAACAUCAUCGAUCCAUCAUGACUGACCAUAUCAUAGUCGUUACGCCUCCUGUCGCUUUAUCCCCUCAGCAAGCUCUACGCCCUUCAUCUCCAUCAACUACCGUCAAGAACUCCAUAGUCAACGCCGAAGCCAAGCUCAACGAACGUCGCGCCCGUCUCAAACGCUCGCGGAACAACCACAAACUCCAUCUCUCCAAAGUCAAACGUGAACUCGACGGUUUAACCCACAGACUGCAAAGCGGCGGAGACGAAAGUCGACAAAAGCAACGCUCCCUUCAACUUGAACGAAACAUCCGCCAAACGGAAGAAGCAACCGCCGCAAUUGAAAUUCAGCUUGAGAAUCUAGAAAAGUCACCAGGCCCAGGCGCAGAGCUGGAGGAAUGGAAUUCUCGAAAGGCCGCGAUUGAGACUGAGACUGCAAAGUUGAAGACUCUGAAGCGGGAACUUGAGGCUGCUAAAUCUAAUAUGGCAAGAGUCGUCGCAUCUUCCGAAGCGGAGCUGGCAUCUACCGUACAAAAGAGGGAACGUCUCCAGAGCCGUCUUAAUCGUCUUGCUGCCCAACACGAACGCAUCACCUCUUCUACCAAUGCCCAGGAUCUGGCCGAACGCGAACAGCAAGCCCAGAUGCAAAUGGCUCAAUCAGCCAUGUAUAGUAGCUAUCUGCCGGGGACAAUGGUCCAUAAGGUGCCAGCGAGGUUUCGUCUUAUCCCUGCUUGCGGCGGCGACCCCAACCUCUUCAUCGACGUGGAAAUUGCAAACGAUCCCGGGAAGCAAAAUAUACCGGUAGAGAUCGCCACUGAAACCAGCGCUGGAGUCGAAAUUGAAGUCGAAGUCCGCGAAAGCCUUCGAAUUCAUAUGCAAAUACUUAAUCCGGCAGGCGUACCCAUUACGCCCUGGUAUGUUGAGCGAGCAGCAAUCAUCGAAGAUGGAGCAAUAGCGGCCGCAGGAGGGGGAAUGGGGAUGUAUCGGUACUCGGGAAAUGGGAUGCGACAGUAUCUACAUUUUGCGACGGCUCCAAAACAGGGCGAGAUUAUAGAGCAGUUACCAAUUAUAUAA